AUGGCUCCGAAGUUCCGCGUGCUAUGGCUGCUUGCACUGCUGCCUUUUGUCGCGCCCUCCGACCCCAGCAAAGGGUCCGGCGAUGAGCUCGUGGUGCGGGUGGCGCAGGGCCUGUUGCGGGGCAAACGCGAGCAGCGGCCAUACGCGCCCUUCACAACCGUCUACGCCUUCGAGGGCGUUCCGUACGCUCGCCCGCCCAUAGGCAGGUUGCGAUUCCAGGAUCCUGAAGAACAGCAACCCUGGAGUGGAGUACGAAAUGCUACAUCAUUUGGCAGCAUUUGCUUACAGCAAAGCCUCACUUCCGACAACGUUUCUGGCUCAGAAGAUUGUCUAUUUCUCAACAUUUACACGGCAGAUCGUCCUGAGUCUUGGAAAUCAAUCAAGCGACCAGUGCUGGUAUUUAUUCACGGAGGGGCUUUCCUUGUAUCAUCCGGCAACACAAAUUUUGAACGCCCUGAUCCUCUACUUCGCCGAGGAAUAGUGUUCGUCACUAUCAACUACCGUCUUGGAGUAAUGGGCGCCAUGGAGGGCAGGAACGAGCGCAGACGGGCGGUGGCCAUCAGACGCCUCUUCAACGACACCUGCAGCGACCUGCCGGAAGGCGCCAUCGUGGCCUGCCUGCAGCGCGUCGACGCUGAGGAGCUCGUUCGGAGACAAUUCACGCCCAUUAACGAUCAGUCUCGAGAGUUUUUCACAAUUACUUUUCUCCCGUCAGUGGAGAAAUCUGGAACUAGCAGAGCACCCUUUCUCCCAGCCGCUCCAGAACAGCUUCUGCGGGAAGGGAGGUUUGCUCGAGUGCCUUACAUGACUGGUUUCACCACAGCUGAGGGCAUCGUCACGCUUCUACUUGGAAACCUCCUGACCAACUCGUCGGGGUGGGCGGUGCUGGACAAGAAUUUUGAAGCGACCUUCAUCAACUCGAUGCCCUCUGGACUGCGCGCUCCAGAGGCCGUGCGCAAAAUGCGGAGCUUCUAUCUGGGAGACCGCACUCUGCGUGACGCCAACGAGAACCUCGACACCCUGCAGAGGGUCGUUCAGUUUUUCACCGACAUCGGCAUCGCCCUUGGUACCGUCCAGUCGGCGGAGAUCAUGGCAAGGCAGGCCGCGCCGGUCUAUGUCUACCAGUUCUCCCGAGAUGGGCCCAUUGCAUUUGCCAAGGAUAUCUUUUACAAUGUAUCACACCUAGCCGGCGUGGCCCACGGAGACGACCUGGUGUAUGUUUUCGAUUCCAUGGACCCUUCGACAAAUGCACCACGCCCUGUGCCGGCCGCUGAGCAGCCUCUGAGGGAUCGACAGGCGGACAUUUUCGCUAAUAUGAUCAAACUUGGAAAUCCCACGCCUCCAGGCAGUGGUUUGCUGCAGUGGCCAUUUUACACACUUCAAGGACAUCGCUACAUGGACAUGGACGUGCAACUACAGAUUCGCAGUCCUCCGAUGGGUGAACGCAUUGUCUUCUGGAGAAAAUUGGCGAGUUCAACGGAAGCUCUAGCAAGACAUGGUGACCAUCAAGAUAGGAAGUUUUAAAUUUUCAAAUUAUACAUAACUAACUGAAUUUGCAAAAUAUAUGAUUGACCAAGUCUCAAGUUUGAUUUUUUUUCUUUGGGGGUGGGGCAGCUCGAUAGUGAAGACCAAGCUACUAGAAUAUAUUAAUAUCAUUUUCCUCAGGUGAGUAGGUUCUUCUUAUUUGUAUAUCGUUGUCAUCUUGUUUUCAAAACCAACAGAGUUUGGAAUGAUGAAAAAUUGAAUAGUGCUGUUAAAGAAGAAGAUAAAGAAAUUUUUUCUGAAAAUCAUAAACUCGAGGAAGAAUUUAUUAAUUUGUUAUAAAGAAAAACCUAUUAUGUGGUGACAUUAUGUUAAAUUAUAGAACACUAAAACGAUUUGAUCUAACAGACAAUUUAAUGAAUAUAAAGCUAUAUGUGGCCAUAUAUUUCUCUGGUUCAAAACUGCAAUUUAUAAUGUCCCCAUCUACCCAUUACAGGUGAAGAGUUUAACAAAUUGUAUUUUUCGGAACAUGAAUAAAAAAUAAAUCAUAAUACAAAUUAUUACAAUUAUAUGUAUGAAGUGUGUGCUGACAUGUGAAUGAAAAAUUCUACGAAAAUUUGAAAAUCUGAUACCACUGUCGAAAUAGACAAAAUUUAUUUUCAAUAAGGAAAAACAAUGUAGUAAAAGUUCCUCCACAUCAUUCAUGUUCUAAGCAGUAAGCAGAAUGUUAUUUCGAAUGUUUUAAAAGCAGUAAAUAAGACACUGG